GUACCGAAGGCCCAGAAAGAAAUCCAAUCUCAUUCGAAAGCCAGGCCCAUAUUUACCAUCGUUCUGCACCCUGUCUUAGCCAACAAGUCUGAUCAAGAUCCCCUUAUAAUAAUAAACUUUCUAUACAACCAAAACAAAAAUUAAAUCAAAUCAAGACUUUCACACAAUUGAUUCGACUCUGUUUUGCUCUCUUUCUUCACUCAUAGCUCUAAUUUCUGAUCCAAUAAUCAACGAUGGCUCCGACAAUGGAGACGUCCGAACCCGCGCAGCUUUCAGGACCCGAAUCAGCUUCUGAGAGAACCCUUUAUCCUUACGUGACUGGGACAUCUGUUGUUGCUUUGAAAUAUAAAGAUGGCAUUUUGAUGGCUGCUGAUAUGGGAGCAUCUUACGGAUCCACCUUGCGGUACAAGAGUGUGGAGCGAAUUAAGCCUAUCGGGAAGCAUUCUCUUCUUGGUGCCAGUGGAGAAAUUAGUGAUUUUCAGGAGAUUCUUCGCUAUCUUGAUGAGCUUAUGUAACCUGAUGACAAUAUGUGGGAUGAUGGAAACUCUUUGGGUCCCAAAGAGGUGCACAACUAUCUGAAAAGGGUGAUGUACAAUAGGCGCAACAAAUUUAAUCCGUUGUGGAACUCAGUUGUUCUUGGUGGAGUGAAAAACGGACAAAAGUAUCUUGGCACGGUCUCUAUGAUUGGAGUAAAUUAUGAGGACAAUCACGUAGCCACUGGAUUUGGAAAUCACUUUGCAUGGCCAUUACUUCGUGAUGAGUGGCAUGAGAACCUUAGUUUUGAAGACGGUGUCAAGUUACUGGAGAAUUGCAUGCGUGUCCUGCUUUAUCGUGAUAGGUCUGCUGUGAACAAGCUUCAGGUUAGUUUUUCUUUUAUCUAUGUGAAUGUAACUAUGAAAUCAUCUCCGAUUAUGUGCAGGAAAGUAGUAAAUUUUGGCAUAGUUUGAUUGCUCUUCGCUAUGUAUUUGAUUCAUAGCUUAGUUGAGAUAUCAGUUUUCCUUAUUGCCCAAUACAGCAUUGUUGGGCCUGUACCUCCUUGAUGCUAUGUUCUAGGAACAGUUAGUUAAUGAUCAAUAGGGAAUCAAACUGCUAGUACUAAUUCAUGUAGAUGUUGAGUGGGAUGCUUAAUUGUUGGUACAGUAGAUGCAUCUAGUGUCAUGAAUGAAGCAUAGGGGACACAGAGACCUUUGAUCAAAUAUUGGAAGUAGAAAUCCCCUGCCUUUUGUAAUCUCCCUAGAUUAUGGGCUGUGUCUGUAUCGUGCCUGUGAAAGUUCAGAGAAAUAAAAAGAAGAAUGGUACUUCCUUUGAUCAAAUAGUAGGGGCAUGCUUUUGUACCAUGCCAAUAGUUUCCUUGUAGAGCAGAAUGUCUAAUUCCAUAGGCAUUCUGUCUUGGUAAAUCUCUCUCUUCUUAUUGGCUUAUUCAAGAAAUGGGAUUAUAGAUGGAAGCAAGCGAGAAAAUACUGUUGAAUGCUUAAAAUACCAUGAUACCGCUGCGCACUGUGGAAGCCAUGAGAUGAAAGGAAAAACAAAAAAAGAAUUUCUUAUUCAAAGGUCAGGAGAGACAAUUUUAUUAUGUCAUACGGUUGUCACAAUUCUUUUCUAACACACUGUUGUUUGAUCAAUUCCUAUUCAGUAAACUGAGCUGACUUUCUUUGUUAAAAUGCCUGUAGACUGUAGUUCACUAUUGAUGCUUGUUUAUUUCUUGAUGGUACUGUGGAUAUUCUAUAAGCAAAUAGAGGUAUUAAAGAGUUGAAUUUCAGAUCUCUUGCACUGCUAGACAGACUAAUGGAAAAGUGGUAAUCUGCUCUGCAGUUGCUAGAGUUUGCUAGAUAGACUAAUAGAGAAGUGGUAAUCUGCUCUGCAGUUGCUAGAGUUUGUUGAAGUUGGGCUACUCCAUAUUAAAAGCAUACCUACAUUAAUCUUUUAUCUAUAUACCCGAUGAGUCAAGUUUCAUUCACA